AUGGGCGUGCUGGAUGACUGGCCUCUGGAGAAUAUUAUCUACACUAGUAUAAUGAGUGCAGUUCUCCUGAUGGCGUGCCUCGAGUGGUUCUUGUGGCUCGCCGCUUUUCUGUAUUGCCUUAUCAAGGUCUUUCGAAAGUCUGAACACUGGUCCAUCAAUGUUCUAUGCAUCAUUGUUGGUGUCGCCUUUGUUCUCCUGCGAGUGAUAUUUCUUCCGAUUAUGGUGGUCACAUUGCCCCUUCCCGAUCCUAUUGCAAAGCUCUGGCCAGACGAUAUGGUAUCAUUCUUACAGUGGUUCGCCUUUUGGGCUUUUGCCAUUCUGUUGACAGUGCCAUGGCUGUUUUGUAUCUAUCAAGUCGUAACAAAUCAGCUUGGACGAACAAAACGAAUGAAACAGGUUCUCGACGACGCCACUGCGCCCAAGGUUGUUAUUGUAAUGCCUUGCUAUCGAGAAGAGCCCGAAGUCCUCAUAAAAGCUAUUAACUCGGUUGUCGACUGCGAUUAUCCACCAUCAUGCAUUCAUGUCUUCCUGUCAUUCGACGGAGAAGAAGAAGACGAUUUAUAUAUCAACACGAUUAGUCAAUUGGGCGUAUUGUUGAAAACGGAGUCACAUCCCAGAAGUAUCGAUGUUAAGUACCGAUCCGCACGGGUGACUAUCUCACGUUUCCCACACGGAGGAAAGAGACACUGCCAGAAGGUAACCUUCAAGCUUAUUGACAGGGUAUACGAGGAAUACCUUAAGAGAAACGACAAUCUAUUCAUCCUUUUCAUCGACUCUGACUGUAUACUGGACAAAGUGUGUUUGCAAAACUUUGUCUACGAUAUGGAGCUCAGUCCCGGCAACACUGGAGAGAUGCUAGCUAUGACAGGAGUCAUUACCUCGACGACAAAGAAACAUAGCAUUAUAACUCUACUGCAGGAUAUGGAGUACAUCCAUGGACAGUUGUUUGAGCGGACGGUCGAGUCUGGUUGUGGCUCUGUCACUUGUUUGCCAGGGGCUUUGACUAUGCUACGCUUCUCGGCUUUUCGCAGAAUGGCCAAAUACUACUUUGUGGACAAGGCAGAGCAGUGCGAGGACUUGUUUGACUUCGCCAAGUGUCACCUUGGAGAAGACCGCUGGUUGACGCACCUUUUCAUGAUCGGUGCCAAGAAACGGCACCAGAUCCAGAUGUGCACUUCGGCAUUCUGCAAGACAGAGGCUGUGCAGACCACUCGGUCCCUGAUUAAGCAGCGGCGCCGAUGGUUCCUCGGCUUCAUAACGAAUGAAGUUUGUAUGCUGACUGAUUGGCGCUUAUGGAAACGAUAUCCUAUACUUAUCCUGGUUCGGUUUAUGCAGAACACUAUACGGACAACGGCUCUACUAUUCUUCAUCAUGGUCUUUGCCCUUAUUACCACGGUUAAGAAGGUGGAUGAUCUCCCUGUGGGGUUCAUCGCUAUAUCUCUUGGGCUCAACUGGAUGCUGAUGCUAUAUUUCGGGGCCAAGCUGAAGCGAUUCAAGAUCUGGCUGUACCCGCUCAUGUUCGUUCUUAACCCGUUUUACAACUGGUAUUACAUGGUGUACGGGAUUUUCACUGCAGGACAACGAACAUGGGGUGGACCGCGAGCCGACGCUGCGGCAGCAGACAGCCAUACAACGGCGAGAGAAGCGGCAGAACAAGCCGAGAAACAAGGGGACGAGCUGAACGUGGUCCCUGAGACUUUCAAAGCGGCACAUGAUGCGCGCAGGGCUGCAUCGAAUCGUGAAUCGACUGCAACAAGCGAGCUUGGCCGCACUAGAAGCGUGAUACGCCCGCCUGGAAAAAUCGAUGGAAAGUUCUCGGCACGUCAAAAGACUGCAUCGGGAACGUACGCCCACCCAGACGAGAUGGAUACAAGUGCCGACGAUAUUGAGAAGGGAAGGAGAGCAACUAGAGGUUUCUUCGCAGAUCGAGAUUCGUUGGAUAGUAUCCCAUCGAUUCGAAAUAUUAACCUGGGAGUAAGUACACCACGGAGAAUGAAGCUUCUCAUGAAUGACGAAGACCUUCGAAAGUAUCAACUUGGGCAAAAAAUUCAUAACCGAAAUUCUGGAGUUAACGAUGCAGAUGGUGUUUACCGCCAGCCAAUUCGGAAUCUCUCAGGUUUCCCUCAUGGACAUUCAGCAAGCACGAAUGACAUCCCUUUGCAUGGAUUGGGAGUCAAUGAUGCUGCCGCACAUGGUAGUCGGAGCGAGGAUAUCCAACGGUUUUCAGAAGGGAGAGGCAUUAGCACAAGAACAGACAAUGAACGAUCGAGGCACCAAGGUAGUUUGUCAUUUGCCAGUCGUAUGGCGAAAAAGAAAUCGAAGACGAGUCGUUAA